AUGUCCCAAAAAACUCGUCAACGCUCAAGAAGCCGCUCUCCUGUCCAAGGUGUAAAGCUUCACGUAAAAAAUCUUCCAGUCCAAUACACUGAAGAAGCCCUACAACAAGUUUUCGAGUCCUAUGGCGAAAUCAAAGAUGUAAAAAUCAUUCGAAAAGGUAGCAAUGGUCAGCCUCUACGUGAAAGUGUCUAUGGUUUUAUCGUGCUUCCCUCUCCUGAAAUCGCUGAAAAAGCUAUGAAAGAGCUGAAUUCCAAAGGCUGGAGCGUAAACUACAGCCGAGAAGCCUUGCAAAACCCUCAAGUGCAGCCACAUCCUCAGCUGCCUCCUGAAAUUCCUAAAGACUAUUAUUCAAUCCCGAGUAUCCCUCAAAUGCUCCCUCCACGGCUCUGUGACAUAAUGCCAAGUGACCAAGCUUUCCAGCACAACGCCCAAGCUACCAACAUAAUGCUCCUGAACAACGCCAACCCUAAGCCAGGCCAGCCCAUGGACCGUGGCCUUCUCGAGCGUCUUCUCAGCGAGCACCAGCCUUCCGCUUUCAACAUUUCGGGCGUCCCUGAACACUUCAAAGGUUUUUUCCUCGUCCGCGAGGUCUGAAUCGGCAACAUUUCUCCAGCAACGGACAAACAGCUCUUAUACGACGCAUUUAAAGCUUAUGGCGACAUUGAAGGCAUUGAAAUGUUUUCUUCUAAAGGUUUUGCAUUUAUUAAAUAUCGUAAAGUUGUAGCUGCCACUCGGGCUUAUGAACGAGCAGACGGCACCAUGGUCGAUAAUCGUCCUGUAAAAGUUGCAUUUGCGGACCCAACACGUCGAAUUGACAUAGUUGGCGAUUCUUUAAUUCCUGAAAACCCUAAUUUUAACCCAAUAGAUGAUGAACAUUUUAAAAAUUUGUUUUUGGGUUAUCCACCUGGUGCCACAGUCCCACCAGAACAUAUACUCCGUGACGUGUUUUCUCGAUAUGGCAAAGUAAAAAGGAUUUCUAUAAGGCAAGCUACAGCAAAUUCAAGGCCUUAUGCUUUUGUGGACUUCGAAAGAGGUGACCAAGCUUCAGAAGCAAGGAAAAAAUUAUAUAUUGAGGAUAGUGAUGGAUCUAGAAGAAGAGAAUUAGGCGAUUCUGCAGUAGAAAUUUCUUUUAAAAAUACAAAUAACAUCGUAUCUAAAAAUGGAACGAAAAAUGGUGUUAGGUUUCAAGAUAAGUCGGGGAAGGAAGAAGUCUCGGAAAUCGCGAAAAAGCUCAUGGAGCAGCCUGAAGCCUUGCAAAAUCUGCUGAGAUUCCAGACCAUGUUUAUGGGAGGACCACAGAUGUUCCCAGGGAUGCCGUAUCCUAAUAUGAAUAUACAGCAGUUUCCAAAUAUGAGCCCUGCACCAAGCUCAUCAGGAAGUCCUGCGUCUAAAAUAUCAAGCAAAGAAGUCCCGGAGCCUGAUGACCCACAUUUAGGCUCUGUGAUAUGGUCAGGGUUUAUGACCAGAAGCAAAAAUUAUAGGGUAGGGAUUGACGCGACAUUGGUUAAAGGCAAAUCUGAGUGUUUUCCAUCGACACUUUAUCAUAUAAAUAUUUCACAUAGAGUCGCGUUUCAAGAAAUUUUUAAAUUUUAUCAGCUGGCGCUUGUUACUUUUGAAGCGUCCAAUGAGACCCAGCAAGAGGUGUUUAAGGAGUAUGUUAAUUAUUUUUCUGAAAAACAAAGGGCGGGGUAUAUACAAAUGAAAAAUUCGGUACUUUAUAUAUGUCCGCCUGUAGAAGAAAUUGUGAAAAUUUAUCCAAAGCUGGAAAAUGGACAGCUGCUAGGGGUGUUUGUGGAUCCGACGAAGAAAGCGGAAAAACCGAAAGAGGCAAAUAAGAUACAGGAGCUGCUGGAGUUGUUGAAAAAUCCUGAUGUGAUGAAACAUUUUAAUAAGAGCUCGGGGCCUUCUCCGAGCGACCCUAGGCUUGCAUUAAAACAGCAAAGAUAA